GUUAUAUUUUGGGACAGGACGCACUAAAUGAUGCCGCAAUGGUCAGGUAAAAAAAAGUAGGAGGUUUUUGUGCAAACUCACUAUGGAGGGAACUCUGAUUUAUUCAUGCUGCAAAUAAAGUCAGUCAAAGGAAAUUGCAUUCACAUUUUCCUCAGUAAUAAAAAUAAUUAUGUGUCUGGUGAUGUCAAAUUUGAAAUCAGCCUAGUGACGUUUAAAAUAAAAUCUUUACCUCAUGGGCUUAGUACUGAAACGCAUACAGAAAUAGCUGGACGUGUUUUUUUCUGCAAGUAAACAGAAAGGAAAGUGACAGAGGCUACAGAUAUUUUGCAGACAGUGAGCAUGAAUGGAAAGGAGGCAAAGCGUCGCCUCUGAAAGGUCCGCGCAAAGUGCAGGAGAGUGGAGACCCAUUGCAGCUGCGCCAACAAAGAAUUUAGAUUCAUUUAGCUGAAAAUCUGAAUGAAUUCUGUCAUUCUUCAAGUCUACCUUGUUAAAAAUUAAUACCAAACAUAAAACAAGAACCUCAAUAUGCAAUAAGUCCUUGUGAGAAACUCUGAAUGUGACAUUUUUCUUUUUUAGUUGGAUCUCUUUGGAAUGCACUGAUAGUUUAUAUUUGAUUACUCUCCUAAUUUGUUUACCAAGAUAAGUGAAUUUUUAAAUUCCAGAACAGGCAACUUAAACAGCUGCUUCUUUAUUUCUGGGUAAAUGUGCGCAAAUAAAUCUAAUAAGCACAGUCUGGUGUGAGAUCUCUUGCUGCUGACUUGGGAAACCAGACACAGACUUUUUAAGAGCUAAGAUCUUUUCUUUUUUCUUUAUCCUCACAAAAAAUAAUAAUAAAAAAAAGCCAAAUACUUUGCCUAAGUUGAGAAAAUGUUGUUGAUCAGACUACUGGCUAUCUUCCUCGUCUUCAUCACUAACACGUGGCUGCUCAACCCGGUUCGCUCCGAUGCACUCAGCCGGUACAAACGCGCCAUGGCCCGGCGGGCAGACCGUGAGCUCCCCAGGAUAGCAGGUGAACCCUGCACUGUCUCCGGCGUCUGGAGGUCCCGGCGGCAGCCCCGCUCCCUCUCCCCGUCCCAACACCGCCCUCCAGUGGCCCGUCCGAGGACACACACGAGCCAGAGAGAGCUGUACACUGUUAAGAGCGCUCCUGCGGUUUGUGCAGGAGGGUGCGGGCUUGACACCGGGGUGCACCGGGUCGCUCCAGCGGGGGAGGAGAGGGGAAGCUGGGGUGACACACAAGAUGUGGCGGUGGGAGCGGGCGACGGAUAUGAUGACUUGUCUGGACGGGUCUAUGAGCAACAUUCGCCGAAUGACAGGAGAGACAAAAAUUAUGCCAACGAAGACGCCACACAGCCGCCCGGGAAGUCUUCACUUAAAGACGCCGGGCGAAGCGUCUCUCCCUCUGGCCACGCGCAGUCCUCACGCGGCUCCCGCUUCAGGUUUCCACGCAGCCUCGUCGUAGUCCCUUACGAGGAAGAAAACAACUCCAGCUGGGAGAAAGUUUUACCCGACAGCUCAACAGAUUCCAAGGGGCUCCAGAUUCUCCGCAGACUGCAACAGGGAGAUGGGGACCAGCGGACUUCGACCGGGACCCCGGAGUACGGUAACGGCGACUAUUCCGGUGAGGUAGAAGAGGCGGAUCCGCCCGCGAGCCUGCCCGUCGGCAGCUCUUCUCCAUGGGGGAGCCCCGUGCCAAGGGUGCCCCCUUCUUGGAUGACCGCCCUGUACUUCAGCGGGCGCCGGGAGCAGCUGAAGGUGAAGCCGGCUGCAGGGGUGGAGCUGCCGAGGGCCAAGUUCAGCCUGGAGCUGUGGGUGAAGCCCGAAGGAGGGCAGAGCAACCCGGCGGUCAUAGCAGGUGUAUUUGACAACUGUUCCCAUUCAUUGAGUGAGAAGGGCUGGUCGGUAGGCAUUCGUACUGUGGAAUCUGCGGGCGCCAAAGACGCACGGUUCUACUUCACGCUUCGUACAGACCGAGCCGUGAAAUCCACCACUGUCUAUAGCCACCAGCGGUACCGAGCCAAUGCCUGGACUCACCUCAUGGCCACUUACAACGGUCACAACAUGACCCUGUAUGUUGAUGGAGCUAAGGUGGGAGAAAGCAAUCUCCAGUUGGGUAAUCUCCACAGCCCCUUCAUGAAGACCUGCAGAACCCUCUUCCUCGGCAGUAACCAAUCAGAGCAGGGACACAGCUUUAGGGGCCAUAUAGGGGGUGUGGUCUUGUGGGGCUACGCCCGCUCUCACAAGGACCUGCUGAAGCGACCACUCCAAAUUGAUAAGAGCGAGCCUGUCCUGGCGAUGUGGGCUGACUUCACUAAUGUGGAACAGUUGUGGACUCCACACAAAGUUGGCCUCCAUCCGACCAUCAUCACCACUCCUGUCCCUGAACAAGAGCUUGUCUCCUCUUUCCUGCCACCACCCUGUGGCCUGACGCACUGUGACAACACUGACAUCAUCCUUGGCUACAACAACAACUGGCAGCUCCGUGGUCCCAAACGAGUUCGCUACAGGAUUGUCAACCUCUCCAAUGAUGAUGGAGGGGACCCAACCGUGUCACAAGACCAGAUCCAGCUCCAGCACCAUGCCCUGACUGAGGCCUUUCGUCCGUACAACAUCACCUUAGAUCUGAGCAUACACACCGUCAGAAACUCUAGCCUCCGACAGCGGUUUAUUCUCAGCAACUGUCGAAUUGGAAAGAUUGGGAACCGCCAAUGUGAUCCUGAGUGUGACCACCCAAGGACAGGCCAUGAUGGGGGGGACUGCCUCCGACUGGGGCCCUGCUACAACUGGAAGAGACAGGAUGGGGUUUGUAACAUGGAGUGCAACAGUAUACACUAUGACUAUGAUGAUGGAGACUGCUGUGACCCGGAGGUUACGGACGUCCUCAAGACCUGCUUUGAUCCUGAGUCACCUGACAGGGCCUAUAUGAGUGUGAAGGAGCUGAAGGAGGAGCUACACCUGAGUGGCACUGACACACUCAAUGUUUUCUUUGCAAGCAACUCGAUGCGUGAAGAGCUGGCUGGAGCUGCAACCUGGCCGUGGGCAAAGGAGGCUCUCACUCAUCAAGGCGGGAUGGUGCUCAACCCAUCAUACUUUGGUACAGUUGGUCACCACAACACUAUGAUCCAUGAGAUGGGUCACAUCUUUGGACUGUACCAUGUCUUCAAGGGGGUGAGCGAGCGGGAAUCCUGUGAUGACCCAUGUCAGGAGACCACCCCAUCCAUGGAGACAGGAGAUCUGUGUGCUGACACUGCCCCAACACCCAAAUCCAAGGUCUGCCAUGAUCCCGGAGCUGUCAACGACACCUGUGGAGUCACCACGUACCAGGACACACCUUAUAACAAUUACAUGAGUUACACAGAUGACAACUGCACCAACCAUUUCACUCCCAACCAAGUGGCCAGGAUGCACUGUUACCUGGACUUGUUCUACCAAAACUGGCUGAUGGAACGUCAACCUACCCCCAUCCCUCUGGCCCCCAUAGUGACUGACCAGAGCCCAGAUUCUGUCUCUAUCUAUUGGCUGCCACCUGUAAGGGGACCACUCUAUCAAAGUUCCUCCUUCCAUGUGUCUGGUGUCAGCUGUGGAGAGUGUGAGAAAGACGGCGUUUUCCACCAGUACGCCUACGAGGCUUCCUCACCUCGCAUCUGUGACACGUCAGGCUACUGGACACCUGAGGAGGCCGUCGGCCCACCUGAUGUGGAGCAGCCGUGUGAUCCCAGUCUCCAGGCGUGGAGUCCUGAGCUCAGCCUUUAUGACACCAAUGUGACAUCACCAUGUCCCGACACAGAGGGCUGCACCCUCACACUGAGAUUUCUCUACCCCAUUGUCCCACACGCACUAACCCUCUGGGUCACCUACAUCUCUACAAAUAACCCAGCCAUAGCCAACGUAGAGCUCAUCACAGAAUCGGAGAAAACCAUUAACCUUGGACCCCAGCACGUCUUCUGUGACAUGCCCCUCACCUUGCGCCUCAACACCCACAACGUCGCCAUCGCCGCCAUAAAGCUCUGCACCUUCGAUGAGAAGAUGGAGAUUGAUGCUGCCAUGUUGUCUUCAGGCCCCGGCAGCCCUCUGUGCUCCGGCUGCCAACCUCUGCUGUAUCGGAUUCACCGGCAGCCGCCCUUCACCAGCAAAGCCCCGUCACCUCAGACCCAGCAGACAUUCACUGACAGCUCUGUAAAGCGGGGAGUAAAGUACCAGUACACGAUCCAGGUGGAGGCAAACGGUCUUCUCAGUGAUCCCUCCCCAACUCUCCUCUACACCAAUGGGCAGUCCUACUGCGGGGAUGGCCUCAUACAGGGGACAGAAGAGUGUGAUGACAAUAAUCUGUUGGAUGGUGACGGAUGCACUAAGAAGUGCCACAAGGAGGUGGGCUUCAACUGUAACGGUGAACCCAGUCAGUGUUAUGUUUUUGACGGUGACGGUGUCUGUGAGGAGUUUGAGCGGGGCUCCAGUGUUCAGGACUGUGGUUAUUUCACACCACUGGGCUACAUAGACCAGUGGGCAUCCACCGCCACAGCUUCUCACCAGGACCCCAACCUCUGCCCUGCCGACGCUGCCACCGGCGAGCCAUCACUCACCAAGCUUUGCAGGUACCAGCUCCUGGAGGUGAGUGACAACCCUCCCACCGACGCUUGGUUCCCUUGUACGGCCCUGUCCGACGCAAAUAAUGACCUGGAACAUUCGUUUUGGCUGAGGGUGGGAUUUGACCGUCCUGGAGUGGCAGCCUCUGUGAUGGUGUAUUUGGCUUCAGACGGGUCGUGGUCUGGGGAGCAGUGUCGGAGGACAGCCACCAUCCUCCUCUCUGAUAUUACUGGCAGGAACCACUCACUAGGCACACAUGACCUCUCAUGCCUUCGGAACCCGUUGGUGGUGAACGUGACUCAUGACCUCUCUCGACCCUUCUUCCUCACGACCUCUGUCAUCCUCCUUUUCUCCUCCCCCACUGUGGCAGUAGGGGGCAUCACCCUGAGGACCUCCUGCCACUUCAGCACCUUCGCCCUGACCGGCUGUUUGCGGCAGCCGUGUCAGACGGAAACCUGCAAUCCUCCCCAGAUAGAGCACGCCUCUGUCAGGUGUACAGGAGGAGGGGAGUCCUCUCACUGCUCUGUUCAGUGUCACCGUGGUUUCAGUAUAACUGUCGUCAACGGCCGGGGAAUUCCACCCCACAAGAGACAGACAGCGCUGGAGUGUUUCCAUGGAUCAUGGGAUCGUGUAGUUAGCUGUCAGCCUGUAGACUGCGGCCUGCCUGAUCAGGCUCAUGUCUACCAUGCCAUAUUCAGCUGCCCCUCGGGAACCACCUUUGGUAAACAGUGUUCCUUCACCUGUGGAUCACCAGCCAUACUACAAGGUGACAGUGACAGUUUGGUGUGUUUGGAGGACGGGCUGUGGUCUUUCCCGGAGGCCUACUGCAAAAUAGAGUGUCCAGAGGUUCCAAACAUACCCACUGCCAAGCUGCUAACAGCAGACUGCAGGGCCUCAGGGCAUGAUGUUGGUUCUGUCUGCCGUUACAAAUGCAACCCAGGCUUCUAUGUAAUAGGGAGCCUCAAAAAGAAGACACCAAGGAAAUACUUCAAGUUGGAGUGCCUGGAGGGGGGACAGUGGGAGGAAACUGGCUGUGAGCCGAUAUCCUGCCCAGCUCUACCUGACGUAUUCCAGGGCAUGUAUACCUGCACCAAUGGCCUGUACUACGACAGCAUCUGUACCCUACGGUGCCCAAACACAAAAGAAAAUAGUGUGAUUCGCUGCACUAAGGACGGUAAAUGGACAGCACAGUUCAACAUGUGUUCCAGGCUCCAGGGAUCCUGUUCUGCUCCUCCUGAUCUCAACUCCGUAGAGUACAGCUGCGAUCAGGGGAUGGAUGUCGGUGCUGUUUGCUACCCAACGUGCAUUGUGGCUUUGGACAUGGAUCUGCGUGACCCAGUGGUUCUGCCCAAUGGCACUACAGCUGACUCCUUAAAGCACUGGAUGCUGCCCACCAAAGUCCAGAGUAUAGUCUGCACAGGGAUGAUGAAGUGGUACCCUGACCCUCAGCACAUCCAUUGCAUCCAGUCAUGUGAGCCUUUUGGAGGGGAUGGCUGGUGUGACACCAUCAACAACCGGGCUUACUGCCAGUAUGACGGAGGAGACUGCUGCCCGUCCACACUCUCCACCAGAAAGGUCAUUCAGUUUGGGGCGGACUGCAAUCAGGAUGAGUGCACUUGCCGUGAUCCGGACGCUGAGGAGAAUAAGAGCAAAGCCAAGCACUUGGAAGGAGGAGGAGGAGGAGGA